AUGUUCAAGCUACUCUACACCCUUCUACCUCUCGUUGUACUCGGCUAUCAAGUUGAGAUACAUCCGGAAUAUCAAGCUGGAUUAGCUAUCAACGAUGUACCUGCAGAAAGGAGAUUACAUUGGAUGAGAGUUGCCAAUGAAGCAGUCUACGCUGAUGGACAUCCUUGUCCUCAAGCACCAUUCGGUACGGCGAUAGUCAAUACCACAUCAGAUGAAUUGGUUUGUGUCACUUCUAAUAAAGUCGGAGUGACUGGAAAUCCUGCUAUGCAUGGUGAAAUAUCAGCUAUCACUCAUUGUACGGAUGUCUUGACACAAAAGGGUCUAUCACCUCAGGAGAUCUUGGCAUCAUGGAAAGAUUUCAGCUUGUAUACCAACGGAGAACCAUGUCCAAUGUGCGCAUCCGCUAUACGCUGGGCUGGCUUCAAAGAGGUCAUUUAUGGAUCUAGUAUAAGGACAAUCGCGGAGAAUGGUCGAAAUCAAAUUUACAUCCCUUCAUCCCAGAUAUGGGAGAAAUCAUACUCGUUAGGUCAUGCAACACUCAUGCUUGGAAACAUUUUGACUGAAGAGACAGAUGUAUUUUUCGCUCAUCAAUUCAACGAAUCAGCACCAUGUCCUACCGGUUGUGAACGGCAAGCUGUCCCUGGAAAACGAGUGCAUGCAUGUACGCCAGUUGACAAUUGGCAAGAAGUAGUCAAGAAAGCAGGAAAAGGAUUAGCGUUAACGCAGAGUCAAUCUCAAGGACAUGAUGAGCUGUAG